GGCUGCUGCUCACGGCCGCGGCUCACCUUCUGCGACCUGCGCCAGCACGUGAGCGGGCUCGGCGCCAGCGUCAAGGGUCAGCUGGUGCAUCUCAGCUCAGUGACGGUGCCGAAGAUGACCGGCCUGCUGCAGGACCUGCCGCGCGUCUUCUGCAGCCCCGCCGCCAAGUUCAGCGAUGGCAACUUUCUGGAGAGGACUUCCGUCGGCCGUGGUGGGUCAGGUCACGGCACCCGUCAUCACGGAGGGCCCGCACAAGCUCAUCAUCCAGGACGCGAACGAGGUCGUCCCUGCCGCGCCUCAUCCGGUCAUCGCCGAGGCGACGAGCCCCGGCCUGCCGGAGGAUCCUCCCGAUGACGGCGGUGGGGACCCGUACAGGGCCAUCAGUGACGUCCUGUCUGCCCUGCGGCAGCUGUCAUCUCCGGACUCGGCCAUCGAGACCGAGUACGCCGGCGACGGCGAGAUCGGCGCCGGCCACGAGGAGGCGCCCACUGAGCAGGCAGAGCCAUCUGUGAUUCACGGGCACUCGGAGACAGCCAGCCACAGCUUGGUGGUGAUCCACCUGAAGCCGGAUGACGAGGGUCGCUACGGCUUCAACGUCAAGGGCGGCAGUGGCUCCAACUCUCCGGUCACCGUCUCGAAGGUGGCGCCGCAGUCGCCGGCCCACGAGAGCAGCCCGCGGCUCAGCGAAGGCGAUCAGGUGGUGCUGAUCAACGGCGUGGACGUGUCGAACUUCACGCACGAGGAGGUGGUGCACUUCAUCAAGUCGUGCCGCGAGACCCGCCGGGACCUGGUGCUGACGGUCAAGCCGAGCGCGAACUACGAGGGCGGCGACGAGUUGGGGGAGCCUCUGGUGCGAUUUGUGCCGGACACGCCGCACGUUUCGCUCAGCGCGCCGCCAGAUGGCAGCCCGCUAGCCCACUCCAUGGCUAGCCUGGCCGACGCUCUGAGCAGCGGCGCGGCGCGGCUCGAGUUCGAAAAGCUGGCCCGUCGCGAUGCCACCCUCACCAUGGACGACUGCCGGCUGCCCCUCAACGUGGGCAAGAACCGCUACAGAGACAUAUCGCCCUAUGACCGCAGCCGCGUGGUCCUGUUCACGGCCGAGUCCGGCGACUACAUCAACGCCAACUACGUCAACAUGGUGAUCCCCGGCUCUGGGAUCGUGAACCGCUACAUCGCCGCGCAAGGUCCGCUGAAGCACACGGUGGAUGACUUCUGGACGCUGGUCUGGGAGCAGCACAGCCCGCUGGUGGUGAUGCUCACCACGCUGGUGGAGCAGGGGCGCGUCAAGUGUCACCAGUACUGGCCGCCGGCCGGCGAGAGCCGCCUCCACGAGGGCCUCGAGGUCACGUGCACCAGCGAACAGAUCACCGACAGCUUCGCCUUCCGCGAGAUCACGCUCGUGUCGAGAGAGACGGGCGAGGAGAGGCACGUCUCGCACAUGCAGUACGUGUCUUGGCCGGACCACGGCGUGCCCGACCAGCCGGCCGACUUCGUGCGCUUCGUGCGGCGCGUGCGGACGGCGCGCGCUGGCCUCGUGGAGCCGACGGUGGUGCACUGCUCGGCCGGCAUCGGGCGCACGGGCGUGCUCAUCCUCAUGGAGACGGCCAUGUGCCUGAUCGAGGCCAACCAGCCCGUCUACCCGCUGGAGCUGGUGCGGAGCAUGCGCAGUCAGCGCGCCAUGAUGAUCCAGACCACUAGUCAGUUCCAGUUCGUGUGCCAGGCGCUGCUGCAGGUGUACGAGGAAGGUGCAGUGCGUCCCCUGGCCGAGUACAGCCAGAGCUGAGCCGGCCUCGCUCGCGUGCACACGCUAGUCAUCGCUGCAAGUACAAGCCCGCAUCCGGAGCGGCCGACUCACCCGCGACGGUGCUGCCACCUGUGGCGGGCGGAAGAUGGCGCCGCCGAGCCCGGGCGGCGCGGCGCCGGAGUCGACCGCCGUCAGCUGGCGAGCAGAAGACAUUGCACUGAGCGUCGCGGGCCGCCGACGCGUUUGUGGCGCAGCUGUGGUGUAUGUUGUUCCGUUGAUGUGCCGAACUGGUAUUUGUGCGGGAGCUAUGCGGCAUCGAGGCAAGCGUGCGUGACGCGCCGCCGUCCCCGCGAGAAGCUCGCGGUCCCCCGGAGAGGCCCGAGGUCCCCUGGAGAGGCCCAAGGCCCCAGAGAAACCCCGCCGGUGUGACGGCCCGCUGCGUGCUGCCGCGCCAGACCUGCGGCCUCUGUCUGCGGCUACGGCAGUCUGAUCUCGGACGCAGUACGCACAGGCACUGGGACCGCCGCGAAACAACGGCACGUGCGUCUUCAGGGAGCGGUGCCCCUGAACGAGAUCAUCCUGCCUCUGCCGACCCGGAAAUCAAAGGACGGGACAUAUUGCUGUUGGUCUGCAUUAAAAGUCUGACUGUCGUGCUCAUUCCGGACAUUAUGCUGCAGUGCAAAUGGCGCCGCGCUCGUUGAUGAUCGCGCGUUGCUGGUGCGAUCUUCCGUGAUGUAUUUAAAUCGCCUUUGGACGGUUGUAUGGAGCAUGUGACAUGUGCCACGGGAUCAGGUACUUGCCCCGGGGCAGGUGUUGUUUCGUAAGCGAAAAUGGACCUCGUGCCGCGCCUUGACAAGUGUAUGAGGUGCGUGGAUAUUUUUGGACGCCGUGGAGCCCCGCGGUCGGCUGGAGGGUGAGCCAGUGUAUUUAUUUGAAGUGUUGACAUGGUGAGCUCAUAUCGCGGCCGAGGUGAUUGAUGUUGAGUUUGUUUCUCACAAUACAGCAUACUGAUGCGC